CCCAAGGUUUCGUUUUAGGUUCCUUUUUUUGACUCCCUUCUUGGUUCGGCGGACGCAAUGACGGGAGCCCAGACACGGCCCAGAGCCCACGACCCACGCAGCUUCUUCUUUCGUCACCCCACAUGAAGCCAAGUGGAGAUUCCCACCGGGUGUCACAUCCACGAGGGUUACAACCUUAUAACCCCCACGAGGGAGCCAUGCCAUGCUACGUAUGCUAUACAGUAUGUACAGUAUGCUCUUUUCCCCUGCUCACAGGCCCCAGUUAUUAUUGGAUAUUCCGCAUGCGAUACCGGAAAUCCGACCGAGCUAGCGGCUUAGCAUUCUUCGGCAAGUGUCAUAUCUGACCCCAAAAGCUGCCUGGACCGUCUGAUCCAAUACUUGGCGCGGCAGCACGAUGACCAACCGAGCAUUACCAUAGACAGCCCAGCUGGUCCCUGACUUGUUUCCCUGCGCCAUUUUUCUGUACAUAUCCUCGCUUUACCGACGCCACGGUACAGUACGUGGAAGGUAUAUAACAAGAGCUCUCGGCACCCACACCAAAGCUUCAUCCAUCCUCUCUCACUCGUUUUGACAGAUCCGAUCAGUCGAGAUCAACCCUCACCCCCCAUCGUCAAUGCCGACCAUGAGUCUCCUCCACCUCUUUACCGGCAGCGUGCUCGUCGCGCUGGCCGUUGGCCUCCCCCACCCCCAGGCAGUCACCACCGAUGCCGCCGAGCUAUGCACGACGACCGUAACGAGCCUUGGGAUCGACCACACCGUGACCGACUACAAGAACUGGGCCUCUUCCGUCAACAGCGUCCAGGGGAGGGCCUCGGCCGGGUACAAUAUCAUCACUAACACCUACACGAUCACGGGCGCCUGCGCUACUACGACGGCGGUUAUUCCACCCUCCCCAACCGGUGCCGCCUUCCUUUCCGUGCAUAUCAGACAGCCGGAGCGAACAACUCCGCCAGGAGGUCAACCCGCUGAAACUACACCACCUGGAGAGUGCGAAGCUCAUGGUGAUCACUGGCACUGCCCAGAUGGCGUGCCAGAGCCAACAAACCCUCCAGGAGGAACCACACCACCUGUCGUCGGCGCCGAGUGUGUUGCCCACGACGAUCACUGGCACUGCCCAGAUGGCGUGCCAGAGCCAACAAACCCUCCAGGAGGAACCACACCACCUGUCGCCGGCGGCGAGUGCGAAGCUCAUGGUGACCACUGGCACUGCCCAGAUGGCGUGCCAGAGCCAACAAACCCUCCAGGAGGAACCACACCACCUGUCGUCGGCGCCGAGUGUGUUGCCCACGACGAUCACUGGCACUGCCCAGAUGGCGUGCCAGAGCCAACAAACCCUCCAGGAGGAACCACACCACCUGUCGCCGGCGGCGAGUGCGAAGCUCAUGGUGACCACUGGCACUGUCCAGACGGCGUGCCAGAGCCAACAAACCCUCCAGGAGGAACCACACCACCUGUCGUCGGCGGCGAGUGCGAAGCUCAUGGUGACCACUGGCACUGUCCAGACGGCGUGCCAGAGCCAACAACUCCACCAGGAGGAACCACACCACCUGUCACCGAUGCCGAGUGUGUUGCCCACGACGACCACUGGCACUGCCCAGAUGGCGUGCCAGAGCCAACAACUCCACCAGGAGGAACCACACCACCUGUCACCGAUGCCGAGUGUGUUGCCCACGACGACCACUGGCACUGCCCAGAUGGCGUGCCAGAGCCAACAACCCCUCCAGGAUCUACACCUACUGCCAUUAAAAGUGGCCAGUGUGUUGCUCACGGCGACCACUGGGACUGCCCGGCUGGUGUGGCCCAGCCCACCACACCUCCGGCCGCUGCCACCAGCGGUACGCCGACGAGUAGCAACAGGGCUGUCUUCUCUGGCGCGGCUGCUGCGCCUAAUGGGCCUGUAUCGGUUGCCGUUGGUCUUGGUGCGGGGUUGGCUGCGCUGUUUGCUGUGUUGCUGUGAGUGAGCGAGGAUGUAGUGGGUGGCAUAAGUUGUUUCGAGACGGCAAGCUGUGGGGCCUCCCGCUAUUGCGAAUGGAGGUGUCGGCAUCUCGUUUAAUGUUUUUUCCUGAGAAUUUCUGCUUCUCGUUGUAUAUAUUUAGAUUAUGGUAGAGGAG